AUGUUCUCAAUUUUGAAAACUCUUUCAAAGGUGUAUUGUGUGACAGCUAUAUACAUCUUUCUUAUAGCACCAAACCCUUUGUUUUCGGUCCCGACACCUCAAGAUCUAGAGGCUGCCAAUGAAGCAAUAACGGACAAAAUCGCAAGUGUCCCUCGACAGAAUCCCCCCAAGAACUCGAAUGAGACGGCGCAAGAUGGAAGAGCUACCACCGGGCCAAACUCCACCAUCACCUACUCCCAGGAAUUAGAGGGCACAAAGUCUCUCAUGCCAUCGAUGCUUUCGAUUAGUCCUCGUGUUGAUGUUCCGGAAAGUUUUUUUUAUCAAAGGCUUUCGGUUGAUUGUAUAGGUCACCAAGUUGUAAUAGACGGUAGGUUCACGCAAAUACAGGACUUCAGAAUACCCCCGACGGACUAUGUUCAGCGCGAUGAGAAUGGGGAGGUGUCGCGGUCGGAUCAGAGGUCGAUACAGAUAAGAAUUACAAGGUGCAGAACGGGGUGCCGCUGCAACUCGAACGGGGAGCUACUAGGAAAUGAUGAUGUGCGCACUGGGCGCAAUUGUCAGAACCGUCGCAAAAUUCCCUUGAAAUGCCGCCUUCUUUUCGGUUGCUAUUGUAAAGUUGAAUUAGGAGAACGGCGAAGUCCAAUUGAAGGUGCUACUGUCGAAGACUUUGAAAGAAGUUUUAAUAAUCUCCCAGAUUAUGUCCAACAAAGGCUUGGCCAGAUCGAUUUUCGCCGGUUCGCAAGACCCAGUGUACGCCAGGCUCUAGACGGGAUCGAGCCAAUCGGAUCUCUAGACGAGUCAGUCUUGUUCGACGGGCCAGCCGGGUUUGUAGGCGAGCCACUCGGAUUUGUAGACCAGCCAAUCGGAUUUGUGGACCAGCCAAUCGGAUUUGUGGACCAGCCUGCAAUCGGAUUUGUGGGAGAGCCAGUAGCUGGACAAGCCGACAAUCUAAAUGUGGCACCUUUACCGCUAUACGGGAUGGAUGGCGGGGACCCAUGUCCAUGGGAGCUUGGGGCCCAAGAAGCCCUUGGCCUUGACCCCAACGAACUCGGAUUGACUAAUUGGCCAGGCUUUAGUCCCAGUGACUUCGAUUACUGGAACCAUUAUGGAGGAGGGUCUGGAGGAGGAUCUGGAGGCGGAUAUGGAGGCGGAUAUGGAGGCGGUGCCGAUAGCAUCGCCAAGCGUAGUACCGACUCAAAAUUAAAAAAAUGA